GCAAAAAUAUUAUAUUAUAUUGCUGAAGAUCAAAUUUGCAGGCCCAUAUGCAGAACGGUUUCAGAUGCUGUAUAUGUUCUUGAUUCCAUUGUUGGCUUCGAUAUAAGAGACCUUGAAGCAACAAGGGCAGCAGCAAAGUUCAUUCCAGCCGGUGGUUAUAAACAAUUUCUCAAUGAAGAUGGCCUUAAGGGAAAGAGAUUGGGUGUGGUAAGACAUCCUUUCUUGGCCCUUUCCGAUGUGUAUCAAGCUGAUGCGGUAUUGACUGGUCAUUUGAAGACGCUAAGGCAAAGAGGUGCAGUUGUAUUAGAUAAUCUUGAAAUACCAAAUAUUGAUGUGGUCUUAGACCCCAAUCAAAGUGGUGCGGAAGUGGCAUUACUAGCAGAGUUCAAGCUCUCACUCAACAAUUAUCUAACAGAACUAGUCACAUCCCCAGUCAGAUCACUCGCUGAGAUAAUUGCCUUCAACCAGAAUAACCCAGAAUUGGAAAGAAGUAAAAGCUUUAGUCAAGAAGUUUUCAUAGCAGCAGAAGCAACAAAAGGGAUCGGAGAGAAAGAGAGGAAGGCGAUGGCGAUGAUGGAGAAACUUUCAGAAGAUGGAUUUGAGAAACUGAUGAUAGAAAAUGAACUGGAUGCGUUAGUGACAUUAGGUUCAGGUGUUUCAACAGUGUUGGCUAUUGGAGGAUAUCCAGCAAUAAUAGUUCCUGCUGGUUAUAAUAGUACUAAUGGUAUGCCGUUUGGUAUAUGUUUUGGAGGGGUGAAAGGAAGUGAACCAAAGCUGAUUGAGAUUGCUUUUGCCUUUGAACAAGCCACCAUGAUCCGCAGACAUCCUUUUUCCAACUCAAUUCCUUCAUUUUAAAGUAGAUAAUUUGUUUUCCUUUUUCUCAGCAUAGUCACUGAAGUUUGUUUUUUUCCAACCAGUAGUUCGAAGAUCAUUUUCCUGUUUGGGAACUUUCACAAGUGUAGGGAGUUGGAAACUUUUAGCACAUUGGCUCUAUGAUGGUCAAUUGUAAUGAUACAGCAUUUGACGCAAAUAUCUUCGAGUUACAUUGCCCAAACAUAACUGGAAAUGCUGAUUAUUGUUUCCUGAUA